AAGCCAGCCAUGAUGUGUUUUCACAAGUGGUUGAUUGUGGAUUUUGUGCUGUUUGAAAUCUAAGAGAGAGGUGACUUUCUUUGUAUUUUUGGAGCAAAGGAGAAACUGGACCCAUGACUGGAAAGAUAAUAUCAGGGAGGAUAUUGUUAACAUACCUGGGGAAGGUAACAGGGAAGCAAACAAAUAAGCCAAUCCAGGGGAAGCAUGGAGUUAAAGAGAAUGCUCUACUAUGAAGCAGGGUUUUUAAAACCCACUCCUUCCAAGUCCUUGAGCUCAAAAACCAAAUAUUUGCAUAAGGACCUGGUAAAGGAUUCCAGCUUCCUGGUUCAUGACAUUGCCGCAUGGAUCAUUUUCAAAAUUAACACCACCUCCUGUUUCACCAGUGGCUGAUUCUGCCUUGCUCCCAGCGCCCAGCGGUCAGGGAACAGGACUGCCCGGACCCAGCAAUGUGCACAUUUCAGACCCAGAUGUGCCAACCUCAGGAUUGUAUUUUGAGCCUGAGCCAAUGUCUUCCACAAACAAUUAUUUUCAACCCCGUGAAUUUUCCACUUGUGUUUCUUGUGAAGAAAAUCCAAGCUGCCUGGACCAGAUCUUUGAUUCCUAUCUGCAGACAGAAACAUCCCCAGAACCUUUGUUCAACUCCACACCAAGCACUCCCUACUAUUUUCCAGAGGGCUUCCAAGCGACCCCUUUCUGCUUUAAUCAGAGUCUGACCCCAGGAUCACCUUCAGAUUCCUCCAGUCUCUCUGGCUCCUUUGACUACAGUUACUCACCAGCCCAGCUGCCUUCAUAUGCUCCUGAGAGUUACAACUCUCCCCCAUCUCUGGACACCCUAAACCCUGGCUUCCCUCCAGACAACUGCUCCUACCACCAUUUGUCCUCACACACCCAGUACAACUGCUUCCCUGCAGCCACCACCUCGGUCUGCUACUGCGCCUCCUGUGAGACAGAGCACGUGGACAUCCUCAGAACAUCUGAGUACUUCUACCCAAGCCCAGACUGUGCGGACUUUGCCCCCUCAGUGGCCACCACCAGCGAUUUCUAUAGGAGGGAAGCAAACUGUGACCUCUGCUAUAGUUAAUACAAGUUAUAUGUAUGAAUUAGGAGCGUGGUAUGGGCAUAUCUAUUUUUCUACCACAUGUCACUCUUCUUCAAUUUCCUGACACUAACAUAGGCGUUCAUGUGAAGUCUUCAAACCUGGUCAUAGUGCCACUCUUCUUUUAUACAUGCACAGUUAAAAUUUUUGUAGAACACUUCUAAUUUUUUUACUUUCCUGUGUUAUAAACAAGUUCUCUUUUUUACACUAAUAAAUA